AUGACGUCACUCUGCCUGAAGAUUCUCCCCGGCGGCGCCACCUCAUCUGCCGGUGACGUCCGGUUCUGGCAACGGAGGAGGCUUUCUGCGAUUUGCGGGGUCCCCUACGUGCACUCAUCGCCGGGGAGGCCAGGGAUCGUGCUGCGACAGCCGAGGCAGUGGCGGAGAUGGGAGGCCGAGAAGGCGAUUCAGAGCGGCGCGUCUGAGUGCUCCCGCGUUGAAAGCUCAGACGGCGAGAAGGCUGGCCCGAUGUCCUUGGUUCCUCUGAAGCAGUACCCUUUCUUCCUCGCUCAGCUUGCUACUUUCGGAUAUGUACUUGUGUACUUCUCAAUUUUGACUAUUCGAUAUCGUGUGGGCAUUGUCACUGAUGAGAUGUUAUCAAUGCCGAAAACACCAUUUCUAGUUGUUGGUCUCUUGGAGGCUCUUGGUGCUGCCACGGGAAUGGCAGCAGGAGCAAUGCUAUCUGGGGCAUCAAUUCCAAUUUUGUCUCAGACUUUCCUUGUGUGGCAAAUUCUCCUGUCAAUGAUUUUUCUUGGGAGACGAUAUAAAGUCAACCAGCUGCUUGGAUGCUUUCUUGUAGCCACUGGUGUAGUUAUUACUGUAGCAAGUGGAUCAGGUGCUGGGAAUUCAUUGAAGGAAGCUGGUAUAUUUUGGAGUCUUUUAAUGAUAGUUUCAUUUUUAUUCCAAGCAGCUGAUACCGUGCUGAAGGAAGUAAUCUUUUUGGACGCAACCAGGAAACUGAAGGGACGUUCUGUUGAUCUCUUUGUCGUCAAUUCCUUCGGGUCAGCAUUCCAAGCACUAUUCAUAUGCCUCCUGCUGCCAUUCUUAUCAAAAUUAUGGGGUGUCCCGUUCAGUCAACUCCCAAACUACCUCAAAGAAGGAGCCGCCUGCUUUCUGAAUGUUGGGAGUUUGUCAAGUGGAUGUAAUGGAGCCCCCCUGCUACCUGUGCUUUUUAUCAUUGUCAACAUGGGUUUCAAUAUCUCAUUGCUUUAUCUUCUCAAGAUUUCUUCAGCUGUUGUCUCCUGUCUAGCAUCAACAUUUUCAGUCCCUAUAUCCAUCUAUGUGUUCACGUUGCCAUUGCCGUACCUUGGCGUUGCCUCUUCUCUUCCAACAGGCUUUCUUGCAGGGGCUGUCAUUCUUAUCACAGGCUUACUAGUUUAUGCAUGGACCCCUUCAACUGGUUCCUCCAGUGCUUCUUUAACGGCUUCUACCUAGAGGGAAGGAAUUUGAGCUUCAUGGGCUCGCCAAGCAUAAGGAUGAGGAGUAGUACCUGGCCUUAGAUGAUUGUUACACCAAAUGGUACAACUUGUGGUUCAGAUGUAGUCUUUCUUGAUUCUAACAAGAGAGGGAUCAAUGGAAGAGUGUUGACAUUUUUGUUUCAAAAAAUUGCUAAAGAUGCAUGAAGAAAAGGAGAUAUGAAGUGAAAUCCUCCUGCACUUUGCUCAAGUGAUAAAGGUGUGGAUAGCACUGUCACUUUUUUUUCUUUUAUUAUUGUAGAAUGAGGGGGAAAAAAAGAAACACAGGAAGAAAUUUUUAGGCAAAGCCAUUUCAUGAACCAAGGAACCGCGUGAAAAAGAAAUGUUUGGGAGAGAAUGAUGUUAUGAUGUAAAAAAGAAAAGGAUAAUAUCAGGCGUUUAUCUUGUUUUGGCUGAAUGAGUUAAUAUAGUUUAAUGUAUAAGGCAUAAUUUGCACA